AUGAGAUUCUCCGUCACCAUUGCCCUCUCCGCCGCCAUCACGGCCUGGGCUGCUCCAGCUCCUAUGCCCAUGCCCGUGCCCGUGCCCAUGCCUACACCGCCCGGCAUUCCCUCGGAUGAUGGCGCCAGAACUGCUCUCGGAAACCUCAUCGUCGCCGUCCCCGGCUCCGGCAGCGAUUACAACCGCACCUUGUUUCCCCAUUGGAUCACCAUCUCUGGCACCUGUGACGCUCGAGAAUAUGUAUUGAAGCGUGAUGGCGAGGGUGUCGUAGUCAACAGUGCUUGUACGGCUCAGUCUGGCGACUGGAUCAGCCCUUACGAUAAUGCAAAGUUUACAAAUGCGUCCAAAGUGGACAUUGACCACAUGGUUCCUCUGAAGAAUGCAUGGAUUUCUGGUGCUUCAGACUGGACCACGGCAAAGCGUCAAGCCUUUGCCAACGACAUCACCAUUCCUCAGCUCUGGGCCGUCUCUGCAAGCUCAAAUCGCUCCAAGGGCGACAAGAGCCCGGACAAGUGGAAGCCUCCUCUGUCGAGCUUCUACUGCACUUACGCCAAGUCCUGGAUCGAGGUCAAGAGCUCCUAUGAGUUGACGAUUUCGAGUGCUGAAAAGACGGCAUUAGGUAGCAUGCUGGAUACUUGCUGA